CCCGCCCCCCCGGCCCGCCCUGCGCGGGGUCAAUCCGCUCUGCCCUGCGGCGGUGUAACUGCCGCGCACCUCCGGGGCUCGGCGGUCCCCGGGCUCCGGCCUCUGGGGGAACAUGGAGUUCGCCGAGCUGAUCAAGACCCCGCGGGUGGACAAUGUGGUGCUGCACCGGCCUUUCUAUCCUGCCGUUGAGGGGACCCUGUGUCUGACCGGCCACCACUUGAUCCUGUCCUCCCGGCAGGACAACACAGAGGAGCUAUGGCUCCUCCAUUCAAACAUCGACGCCAUAGACAAGCGAUUUGUGGGAUCACUGGGUACCAUCAUCAUAAAAUGUAAAGAUUUUCGAAUUAUACAGUUGGAUAUUCCUGGAAUGGAGGAAUGUUUGAAUAUAGCCAGUUCCAUUGAGGCCUUGUCUACCCUGGACUCCAUCACUCUGAUGUACCCUUUCUUUUACCGGCCCAUGUUUGAAGUGAUAGAAGAUGGCUGGCAUUCGUUCCUUCCUGAGCAAGAGUUUGAGCUCUACUCCGCAGCUACCAGUGAAUGGAGGCUCAGCUAUGUCAAUAAGGAGUUUGCUGUCUGCCCCUCCUACCCUCCAAUUGUCAUAGUGCCCAAAUCCAUUGAUGACGAGGCUCUCCGGAAGGUAGCUACGUUUCGGCAUGGAGGGCGCUUCCCAGUACUAAGCUAUUACCAUAAAAAAAAUGGAAUGGUAAUUAUGCGAAGUGGCCAGCCACUCACUGGGACAAAUGGCAGGAGGUGCAAGGAAGAUGAGAAGCUCAUCAAUGCCACCCUCAGGGCUGGGAAGCGUGGCUACGUCAUUGACACCCGCCCUCUAAACGUGGCGCAGCAAGCUAGGGCCAAAGGAGGCGGCUUUGAACAAGAAGCUCAUUAUCCCCAGUGGAGACGAAUUCAUAAGUCAAUUGAGAGAUACCAUAUUCUUCAAGAGAGCUUAAUCAAACUCGUGGAAGCUUGUAACGAGCAAACACAUAACAUGGACCGAUGGCUCAGUAAACUGGAGGCCUCUAACUGGCUGACUCACAUCAAGGAGAUCCUGACGGCUGCCUGCCUCGCAGCUCAGUGUAUCGACAGGGAAGGUGCCUCAAUAUUGAUUCACGGGACAGAAGGAAUUGAUUCCACACUCCAGGUGACCUCCCUGGCCCAGAUCAUCUUGGAACCCAGAAGCAGGACCAUCCGUGGGUUUGAGGCUCUGAUCGAGAGAGAGUGGCUACAGGCUGGCCACCCAUUCCAGCAGCGCUGCGCACAGUCAGCCUACUGUGCUAGUAAGCAGAAGUGGGAGGCCCCCGUGUUUCUUCUCUUCUUGGACUGCGUGUGGCAGAUACUUCGUCAGUUCCCCUGUUCUUUUGAGUUUAAUGAGCGUUUCCUCAUCGUGCUCUUCGAGCACGCGUACGCCUCCCAGUUUGGAACGUUUCUGGGCAACAAUGAAAGUGAAAGAUGUAAGUUGAAGCUACAGCAGAAAACCAUGUCUCUGUGGUCCUGGGUCAAUCGGCCUAGUGAACUGAGUAAGUUCACCAAUCCUCUCUUUGAAACCAACAACCUUGUCAUCUGGCCUUCAGUCGCUCCUCAGAGUCUUCAGCUGUGGGAAGGUGUUUUCCUACGCUGGAACAGAACCUCGAAAUAUUUGGAUGAAGCAUAUGAAGAAAUGGUUAACAUUAUUGAGUAUAACAAAGAAUUACAAGCAAAAGUCAACAUCCUCAGGAGGCAGUUGGCAGAACUGGAAACAGAGGAUGGGACACCGGACAGUCCCUGAAAGGGGUCCCCUCCCCACACCCUCUCUACGGACCUUCCUGGACCUGUGCCUGCCUCUCUCCCCCUGUGUGCACUUCAGUUCACUUUUACACAAUAGCCUUGAACUUCAGGCUGUAGGUGUGGGUUCCUCUGUGUAAUGGGUUUCUCAGUACUGUAUGGAUAGGACUGAACUAUGAUGACUCAUGUUUCACGUGGCCUGUUAGGGCCCUUCGCUUGGAAGCAGGAAGGAGGUGCUAGUCAUUUUAUUUUAUGUGAAAUAGAUGACCUAUUUAAUGCCAUUCGUGUUAUUCUGCAUUUCAUCUGAAGCUUUUGUCCACUUCCCAAACAGUGCUGUACACCAGUCAAGGAUACGGUUAGUCUCUUUGGGAAAUAUUUGAUAGUUUUAAAAAAAAAGGAUCAGUUUUAAACACUCUGAGUACAGAAAUGUUUUUCAAAAUUGAACUAUUGAUUCAAUUUGAUUUUGUGUUUGACCUACCAUUUCCAAGAUCUUUGCCACAUAAAAUAGCCAUUCUCUUUACAGUAGUCCCGGACUAGCAACACUGAACUCAUCGUCAUCCUGGUUCACAAGAAAAGGAAAACCUGAGUACUUACUCAAGGUAAAUUCUUCCUAUAAGGGCCAGAGGUGUAGUCCUUUGAUAUUUAUAGUAAGAAGAGUUAGGUUUAUUUUAACAGUAGACACUAAAAGUAUGUGCAAUACAGUAGGAAUUUGUUACUGAUAGGGAAUUGUUACUGUUGUAUUGGUUUUUCACGUUUUGACCAUACAUAUAAAAUGUAUAUAAAAUGCUGGUUAUAAAAUAAAAGUCAAACCAUCACUUAGAAUAGAGUUCAUUUGUUAUAAUUAAGCUACAAAUAUUGUUUUCUUAAGCCAGAGUUGCACUGCCCUUGUCUAAAGUUCUUAUUGCACUGGUU